AUGACCAUUUCCUAUGCAUUGAUUGCAGAAUGUGCCAUCAAGAGUACUUCUGAACAAAUUUUCUCGACCAAAAUCAUUGCCAAAACUCCACGUCAAAAAAAGUUAAGAUUGAUUGUACAAAAAAUCAUUCACAAGCUGAUGAGCGAGAUGAUGAGCGAGAUGAUGAUGAAUAGAAGUUCUUCUAUUUAUAAGCUCCAACUCACUCACAAAAUGUUUACCUUCUUCAUUCAGAAGGAACGAUCUAGUAUGGGUGGUGUGUUUUAUGUGGUCAUUAGAAAACAAGAUCAAGUCAAACAUAGAAUUUGUUGGAAAAUGAUUGAUUCCAUGUCUCAGGAAUAUCAUUCUCAAUAUUUGGAAUCGAACAGAAAGAUCAUUCCAAAUUUGUCUCAACUCAUGAAAUUUCAUAAUGAUCCCAACAAUGAUAAAAUUACCAAAUUGCAACACCCAUUGGAAGAAGAGAAGAAGGUUUUGGUUAAUCUUGAUAAGGUUUUGGAAAAUCGAAAUAUGCCUGAAGUAAUUGCCGAUUUGAAUCGGCCAACAAAUCUUGCAAUAAAUCAACAAUAA